CUGAAGCCUGCCCGUCCUUGCAGGAUGAAAACGCGGGACGAGCACCACGCUCACCAACCACCCACCCGAUGGUAACUUAAUCACAACAAACACACUACCACCACACCCUCGGCCUUGUCCCCAGACACUUCCACAAACCUUCUACGAUUCCAAAAUCACUCCGAAAUCCCUUGAAUUCGGGUUGUCUGUGUCUUCUGAGAACCAGCCAAGAUCAAUCAUACUCCACCAUCUCCGUUGCAACAGCCCCCACCAUGUCGACCGCAGACGAGCUGAAAGCUCAGGGCAACGCAGCCAUUGCUGCAAAGAACUUCGAUGAGGCUGUCGACAAAUUCACACAGGCCAUUGCCUUGACACCCGAGAACCACGUCCUCUACAGCAACCGAUCCGCAGCCUAUGCCUCCAAGAGGGACUACGAGAACGCCUUGAAGGAUGCCGAGAAGACCACAGAGAUCAAGCCUGACUGGCCCAAGGGCUGGAGCCGAAAAGGCGCUGCUCUCCACGGCAAGCGUGACCUUGCCGGCGCCCUGGAGGCCUACAAGAAGUCGUCCGAGCUCGACCCAAACAAUGCCGCUGUGAAGAAGGACAUUGCCAACAUUGAGCGGGCCAUGCAGACUCCAGAAGACCCCAUGGGUGACCCCGCUGGCGGGCUUGGUCAGAUGUUCAGCGACCCCAACCUGAUUGCCAAGCUAGCUGCCAACCCAAAGACGAGCUCCUUCAUUUCCGACCCAGUCUUCAUGAACAAGAUCCAACAGAUCCAACGAGACCCCAAGUCCCUGAACCCUCAGGAGCUCACCGGCGACCCGAGAUUCCUGCAGGUUCUCGGUGUCCUCAUGGGCGUUGACAUGCAGAUGGGCAUGCCUGACGAGGCUGGCCCGGCUGGCGGUGCUCCCUACCAGGCUGAGGAGAUGCCCGAGCCCAAGAGGCCAGAGCCUGCCAAGAAGGCACCUGAGCCGGAGCCGGAGCCCGAGCCCAUGGAGGAGGACGAGGAGUCGAUUGCCAAGAGGAAGGCCAAGGAGGAGGCCGACAAGCUGAAGGCCCAGGGCACUGCCGAGUACAAGAAGAGGAAUUUCGACGCCGCCAUUGAGAACUACACCAAGGCAUGGGACACCCACAAGGACAUUACCUACCUCACCAACCUGAGCGCGGCGUAUUUCGAGAAGGGUGACUACGACAAGUGCAUUGAGGCCUGCAACCAGGCUGUCAACGAGGGCCGGGAGAUCUACGCUGACUUCAAGCUCAUCGCAAAGGCCCUGGCUCGCAUCGGCAGUGCCUACGAGAAGCAGGGCGAGCUGCCAAAGGCCAUCGAGUACUAUCAGAUGUCUCUGCGUGAGCACCGCACCCCCGACAUCCUGAACAAGCUGCGCGCAGCGGAGAAGAGGAAGCUUGAGGAAGCCAAGAAGGCGCUUGUCGAUCCGGAGAAGGCCGAAGAGGCUCGUGUCCAAGGCAAUGAUUUCUUCAAGAAGGCCGAGUACACAGAGGCAUACAAGGCUUAUGAGGACAUGGCCAAGCGCGCCCCUGAUGACCCUCGAGGUUACUCGAACAAGGCCGCGGCUCUGAUCAAGCUCGGCGAGCUGCCCAGUGCCGUGGACGAGUGCAACGUCGCCAUCAAGAAGGACAAGACCUUCAUCCGCGCAUACAUCCGCAAGGCCCAGGCGCUCUUCAUGAUGAAGAGAUACUCAGACUGCAUGGACGCGUGUGACGUGGCCGCCGAGGUUGACAACCAACACCACAAUGGCGCUAACGCCAGGGAGAUCGAGCAGCAGCAGCAGAAGGCGCUGGCCAAGAUGUACGAGAGCCGCGAGGGCGAGACUGAGGAGCAGACCAGGGAGAGGAUCAUGCGGGACCCCGAUAUCAUGGCCAUCAUGCAGGACCCAGUCAUGCAGUCCAUCCUGCAGCAGGCCCAGUCCGACCCUGCCGCCCUGCGCGAGCACAUGAAGAACGCGGGUGUCCGCACCAAGAUCCAGAAGCUUAUUGCAGCUGGCGUUAUCCGGGUCGGCUAAGCAUGGUUUACUCUUGAGCAUCACAGCCGAAGGAGUCCUGGGAAUGGGCCCAAAGAGGCGGGUACGGCGUGGCAGUUGGAUGCAUUGUGUGAAGGAAAAUUAAUGUGCAAUGAAAUUAACAUACCCUGAAUGGAUUUGACGAAGCCGAAACGAAGAGGAAGUAUUGCAUCUGACCGUCAGCAGUCGACAGUGAGCAGUCUAGGUACUGCAGAACUGGGUCUCAACGGCAGCCCUUGUCCUCGCUAGCAUUGGGCCCCCAAAGACUAGUCGGCCGACCUGCAGGCAGCACACUGCUCAUUUCCACAGCGUAUGUGCAGCAAGGUGACACGGCGCUUUUUGUACUUCAUCUGCUACAUGUUUUUGACAAUUCUAAUCCCCAUUAAUAAGCCGACUCCCUCAGGGAUGAUAACAUUGUUGAUGUCCAAGCCCACUCACGUAAUGUGCACACCGAGCCUCAGAUCGACGAUUAUUUACAAAAUCCCAGUCAUUAUUGUCCAUGUUCCCUCCAGCGUAUACCCCAGAAGACCAUGAAUCUCAGCGACUGUUAGGCUGGAAGGACGAACAUGGUCGUUUGCGAUGGAUCAGCCCCGUCACCACCAAGAGGGGGUUGUGCUGGCGGCGGGGGAGAGGGCGCAGGAGGCGGCGGAGGCGGAGGAGGAGGCGGAGGUGGUGGAGGUGGCGGCGGCGGCGGGCUAGCCGGUACGACUACCGUCGUGAAUACUGUUGCUGUCGCUGUUGCUUUUGCCGUGCUGUUCGCCGGCGCAGGCGGUUUAGGGAGGACCGCGUUGACAAGCGGGAUCGUCGACGCAAUGCCGCCUGCGACGGAGCGCGCUGGAAUGUUGGCCGGGGCUGCGGCGGCGGCGUUGAAAUAGUUGAUCAGGUCUAUCGAUUGCCUGUGGAGGGUUUAUGACGAGCCUCAACUGUCAGCCAGGUCGUUCACGUGCGUACAUGUGAUAUCUUGAGGAUGGGCGUUGAAUAAGCAGCUCCGGCGAGGCCACCUCCCCCCCCCCUGGAGGACUCACGCAUUAACAGUCAUGACCAUGCCCUGCUGACAGUGCAUCGCCUGCGCGCAAUACAGGAACAUGGGCGAGGCCGACAUGACGGGGACGUUAAA